AUGGACAUGUCUGUCGGGGCCUCGCCGGCCUUUGAUGAUCAUCAGGUUAUGGGCGCCCAAUCGGGUGUCCCUGCGCAGACUUCCGCUACGUUUUUGGAUGGAGAGAAUGCUGGGCCGGCCUAUGGCACCAUGAUGAAUGGUACGAGUGCAGCCAUGGGUGCGGAUGUGGCAACCGGAAUCGGAGCGCGCGGUGCGUGUGCAGUUAACGAAAACGCGAUAACCGGAUUGGAGGCCACAGAAGGACAGCGUGUCAUGGUGCAGCAUGGCGAUGUGGUUGCAGAAACUGGAGCCAUGAGAAACUUCGGGGAGAUGCAACAGAGCCAACAGGUGAGACAAAUGGAGUUUUCGCCACCAGAGGAGCUUCAGAGAAGCCCGCUUGGAGCUUCCCCUGCGAUGACAGCAGUGCGAGAAACUGUUUGGCUAUCAAGGCUGGGUGAGUUUCUACAUCGUCGAGUAUCGCAAGCUUCGGCCCUGAUGACCCCUGUGAUGCAAGCAACUACUCAGGGGCAAGCCGUUAGGCCAGCUCCCAGGACACCUCCAAUGCCGACGACAUGGGCAAAUGGUCAUGGGAAUGCUGGGCAAAGUGAGCAGCCGCUGUUCGGACAAGACGAGGUGCGAAUGAUGGAGCAAUGGACAGAUCGUGCACCGCUUUUGCAUCCUCGGUCGAGUGGGUAUGCAGGCCACUCGUCGUCGGAUAGUGGUUCGAUUCCUCAGGAACUGGUUCAAGCUGAAGUUCAGAGGCAAAUCCAAAGGGCCUUGGAAGCUCGUGAUGUGGAAUUGCAGGAGCUGAAGAAAGAGAACCUUCGUUUGCAAAGGGCUGCUGAAGCACGGGCUUUGGAGGUCCCUCUGCAGUACGAGUACAUGAGACUGAACCACACCGUCCUGAGGUACCACCUAGUCAGCUUCCCGAACAACAGAGUCGUGCAAGGUCCGUCGACAGCGCCAAGGGCAGAACAUCGUGAUGCUGGCUCAACUGGUGAAGGCCGGGCAGGGCAACCAACAUCAUCAACAGCGGAUCCACUGAGUGUCCUCGUCCAAGGAAUGGCGCAGCUGCAGCAAGCUAUGGCACUUCAGCUGUCUCCAGACAAGUCCAAGCCUGAGGCGGUGAAGCCUGGGGUCACGGGAUCAGAGCUAGCGAAACUUCCGGAAAUGGGUGAAACCGCAGCGCUGGAUGUUGGAGAUUGGCUACAUGCUCUGGGCGGACCGAUGGGAGAUUUGAGCGACACUUCAAGCCAAUGGUGGCAGGAGGUGAUGGCGACAUUGGAAAGAUACUAUGGGGGCUUUUUGGCUGCAAGUGCAGUGCAGAAGGUCAGCAUGAAGGUCCUGGACUAUGCCUCAGCAGAUCUUCUAUCGGCUCGCUGGACUCGCUUGGACAAAAGAGCAUGUGGGAUGGUUUUGCAGGCCAUUCCGGAGUCGGUGAAGAAAGAAGUGCUUGCAAAUCGCCUGACAACCACCCUGGAGGUCCUGGCCAGGAUUGUCACCUUGUACCGACCAGGAUCGGCCACCGAGAGACAGCAGAUCCUGAAGGCUUUGUCUAAACCUGGGGCGGCAACAACACCACUCGAAGUGGUGGACUCCCUGAGGCGGUGGGCGAGGUGGUUGAAGAGGUCCAGAGAUUUGGGGCUGCAAGCGCCGGACGCAAGCAUCUUGUUGAAAGGCCUGGACCAAGCGGUGAAAAGGGUCAACGAGUCGCAGCCUGAGGUGAGUUUCAGAUUGAAUUUGGUUCGCUACACCUUGGACCUGGACGCAAGCCCGACAUUGGAUGCGGUGGAAAAGUACCACUCAAACUUGUUGGGCGAGUAUGAGCAGCUGGCAUAUCGUGGGCGGAACAAACAGCCUCCUGUCCUGAAGGGUAUCUCCUCUGAGGGUUCGCCGAAGAGUGGAACAGAUGGAGGAGAAUCGCCAAAGAAGGAAGGGAAGAUCCCAUGCAAGUUCUUCUCCAGUGAGUUCGGGUGCAAGAAGGGCAAGGCGUGUUCCUUUCAGCACGAGUUCGUGGAUAAGAAGGACAGAACUUCUCGGUGCUGGACCUGUGGAGCUAAGCAGCAUCGAGGAAAGGAUUGCCCGAGGCAAGAAGGACGAGCGCCCGCUGCGAAGCCCAAGGGCCAGCCAACGAAGCCCACCGAAAACAAUGCCACCUCGAGCACAGCUACUCCGAGCAUGGCUACGUUGACUACUGCAAGGGCUGGGGUCCCGUCUGAGCCUGCAGCAUCUUCGACAGGCCAAGGGGGGUCGGACACACCUUCAGUGGUACUGGGUGAACCAGUGGGGCCAGAUGGCAUCAAGGAACUUAUGGAACAGGCGCAAGCCAUGCUGAAGGAGAUGAGACAGCUGAAGAUGAUGGUCAAGCCUAUGAGUCCACCAGCGUUCACGGUAGAAGGUCUUCGUGAGUUGAGUGACGGUCUACCAGGGCGAGCAGGCCUGCUGGACAGUGGGGCAUCACAUCCUUUUCGGGCUGCGACUGACGAGGAACUCUCGGGUGCUGAAACCGUGUCUGUUCAGCUUGCAGAUGGGGGCAUGGUCACUUUGAAGCAAGCAAGGAACGGCACGCUCUUUCCAACCAAGACAACAUCAACAACAAUGCCGUCACCAAUCGUGCCACUGGGAGCUCUGGUGGAAGUGCUUGGCUGCAGGGUGUCGUGGACCAAGAAGCAUGGAAUGGUGGUCACUCAUCCUGAGUGGGGUCCUAUCAAAACCAGCGUGGUUGGAUCAUGUCCAACAGUGUCUGAGGCCCAGGCUUUAACCCUCAUCAAGCAGCUCGAGGACAAGAAGCUUGAGGACCUGAAGCGGCACACCUCCGAGGGCAAGAAGUCUUUGAAGGGUAUGGAAAAUGGCAACAACUUCAAGAAGUACCUCAAGGACUACGUAAGUCAGGGACAACGCACCUCUCUGCUGGCGGCCAUCAAUUCCGACGACUCCAUCUACAAGGGGGUGCCUGAAACCAUCAAGUCCUCAUUGGCGGAAGAAAUCAACAUCAGCGACAAGGCUGGCUGGAACUACCUCGCAGCGCUUCCCGUGAACCGGAAAACGCGGAAGAGAAUGAUGACAGCGAGGUGGGUGGUGAGGAUUUGCAACAAGGGCAUCAAGGGCACGCCUGUGGAGUAUAAGUUGCUCGAAGGUCCGGACGUCGUGGUCAUCAAUUUGGACUCGGAGUUGAGCAAGUCUCUGAACCUGAAGAGGGUGGCAGGUGUGUAUCGCGCACUUCUUUGGGGAGCUGCCACCAACCGAAUCGAAGGCAUCAUCGGUGGUCCAUCCAAAUGGAGCAACUACAGGGAUGAGUUAAUGCUGAAGCAAAUGAUGGUGUGGGAGGUGGCCAAGGAAGCUGCGACGAGAGUGUAUGCACCAGCGCCAUAUUUCGAAGCAAGGCUUUCCGAGGGAGGUGAAGAGCUCUUGGGAACUGAAGGUGUGUGGGAUGAUUUCGCUGCAAGCAACAUGAUGGAAAGGAUUGCUGGACAAAUUCAGGGCGCAGCAACCAAGGGAUUAACAUCUCUUCCUCUCGAAGAAGUGUGUGCCAAUGACGGCGACCUCGUGAAUGCGGUGCUGGAAUGGAGAAAGCAACCACCAACCUGUAGACUCAGGGCAAUGCGUGGACCUCGGCGAUUUGCGGACAUGUCUGACAAGCAGCUUGAGUACUGGAAGGAGCACGUCAGGAGUGGACACAUGAGGUACGAUCGCAGGUGCCAAACAUGUGUAAUGGCGUCAGCAACUGGAAGACAGCAUAAAAGGGUCGAGACACCUAGCGCCUAUGUGAUCAGCUAUGAUGUCAUCGGACCGCUGAAGGAGUGUGGUGAAGACAUCGACUACAACGACUACCGCUACGCCCUAGUAGCUGCUUACACAUACCCAAAGGACCUGGUCAAGCUCAAGGAGGAAAGUUCAGAAGAACAGAAGGAUGAUGAGCUUUUUCCCCCUGAGAUUGAGGAGGAAGAGGAGGAGCCAGAAGGGGGGCUUCGUGGUCUCUUCGAGGAGGACCUUGAACAAGAGCCAGAUCUCGAGGGUGAGGAUGAAGACGAAGCCCGUCGGUCUGCGAACACUGUGAGUGAUGAGGAGUAUGCCAAGCUCUUUGUGGAGGUGGGACAUGGCCUGGAGUAUGAGACCAGGUAUUAUGUGAGACCUAUGAGGACUAGGAUGGCAAGAGAAGUGCAUCCCCUCGUGAAGGAAAUCUACCUGGAGGUGAGGGCCGAAGGAUUUCCAGUUGCUCGAGCCCACGCUGACAGGGCACGGGAGCUAAGGCAUCAAGAACUCAAGCAAUGGUUCGCGGACAGGGACGUGCUGAUGUCGUUUACGGAAGGCCAAGCACCACAGGCCAACGGGCGGGCGGAAGCGGCGGUCAAAAAGUUGAAGGGCUGGGCACAAAGACUGCUUUACUCAGCCAAGCUGCCGGCAUCGUGCUGGUACCUCGCCAUGAACUACUCGGCUUGGGUGCAUCGACUUCGUCUUGAUGGGCGAGAACAUGAAGCCUUACCGUUUGGAGCCGAGGUCAUGGUGAAGAAGAAGCGAUACACUAAGGAGCCUUGGAGAUUUGAUCCAAAAUGGGGCCCUGGAGUCUAUGUGGGACCAGCAACCGAUGUGCAUGGUGGAAGCUUGGUCAGAUUCGCUGGCGGAUACUUUGUGGUGAGCACUCACCUGCGGGAAGGUUUGCUGCAGCCUGAAGAGUUUGUGGACAAGGCAGUAUUUGAGGUGGAGAACCCAGCGCCUGAGCGAAGGGUCAAAGGAAAAACCAAACAAGCAGAAUGCAGGAUUGUGCUGUGUGGAAACCACGUGUCGGCGGAUCAGACCACCAUGGACGUCUAUGCUGGGGGAACGUCGGCCGAGGCGGUGCGCAUCGCUCUGUCGGUGGCGGGGUCACGGAAGUGGGCGGCUGCGAUCAGCGACAUCACAUCAGCUUUCUUGUUGGCAGAGUGGCCAAAGGACCUCCCAAAGUACGGCAUCAAGGCGCCAAAGGUGGUCCAGAAUGCAGGGUUUCAUGAAGAAUGUGAUGGAAAAACGUGGAUAGUGGAUAGACCGCUAUAUGGACUACGUGAAAGCCCAGCACUAUGGAGCGACUAUCGCAACAAGAGGUUCAGAGCUGCUCGCAUACGGUUCAAGGACCAGCACUUGAGGUUGGAGCAAUUGGUUUCGGAGCCGGACGUUUGGCGAGUACUGGAUGAACAAAACCGACUGGUUGGGUUGGCAGUCACGUAUGUUGAUGAUUUCCUGUACCUGGGCGAGCCGGAUGUGAUCAAGGCGGUGGACUCAUGGGUGCGUGAAGAAUGGCCCGCAUCACCGCUGGAAUGGGUCAAUGGAGACGAGCCGAGUAGGUACCUUGGAAUGGAGCUUUGGCUGCGUGACGGCAAGUACAUGAUUGGGCAAGGAGGGUACAUUCGAGACCUACUACGAAGCCACGAAAUGACAGAUGUUCGAGCCAUGUACACGCAUGUUCCUCGUGAAUGGCUAGACGGUGACUAUGACGUCCAGGAGGAGUACAGUGAGGAGGAGUUGCGAUGUUCGCAACGCCAAGUCGGCGAAUUGUUGUGGCUGACCAGUCGGUCACGACCAGACAUCCAAUAUGUCGUUGGAUGGAUGUCCUCCUCUGUAACCCGUCGACCGCGGCGUGUUUCGCAGGUGGCUACAAGACUUCUGGCUUACGUUGCUGGCACAGCAGAAAUGAAGCUGGUGGUUGGGCAACCUCGAAGUGGGCAAACGCCUGUGUCGAUUGGACAUCUGGAGAGGUACAGCAUGCCAGGAGCCAAGAAGUUGGAUGGGGAAGUUGAGGGAGCCCUUCGACUACAAGUCUUUUCGGAUGCUAGCUUUGCUCCCCAUGGAGAGCGAAGCUAUGGUGCCUCGGUGUUCACAGUGAACGACUGCGUGGUCACGUGGAAGGCAGGAAAGCAAUCGUUUGCUACAGUGAGCGUGGCGGAAGCAGAGCUUUUUGCUGGCUCAGAGGCUGUGGUCUUGGCCGAAAGUGCUGGAAGCGUCAUCGAUGAGAUCCUGGCUGUGGCAACCCAACGUCAUCUACACGUUGACAACGCAGCAGCAGAAGGACUACUGGGAGCUGGACCAGGAAGCUGGCGGACCCGUCAUCUCAAGGUGAGAUGUGCAGGAGUCAGAGACAUGGUGGUGGCUGGAGCUUUAACAGUUGGUCACACCCCUGGACAUUCGCAGUUGGCAGACCUUGGGACAAAGGUACAUGGACAAGACAGAUUGCGACAGCUGCUCCUGCUGUGGAAUUUCGUCGAUAUCCCAGAGUCUGGUGGCACAAGACAGAGGCAAGCGUGCAUGAUGAAACUGCUGUGCUUGUUGCUGGUGAUCCAGAUUGGGGAAACAACGGCCAUGGAAGAUGAGGGCGAUGAUGCGGUCGCCUACUAUGGUUUGCAACCGGAGCUGACGUUUGUGGGUUUGCUUUUGGUGGUCGCUGCAGUGGCUGUUUGGGAAGGGUUGAAGUGGAUUGCAGGCUUCGUGUUUGAAGACAGGCUGGAGCAAAGGCAGUCAAGACGUUUGCAGCGACUACAAGAUCGAGCACGCAGGGCAGCAGAGCAAGCGGUCGAGGAGGGCCUGAGUGAAAGGUCCAACCAAGGCGACAAGCAACCUCCGCCUGUACCACGUCAACAACCGGAAGGUGCAAGGAGUCGGCGUUGGGAGGAUCGAGGAGUGCAGACGGAUCCUCUGGAGUCCGAUUUCAGGGGGUUCGUCGGGCCUUUCUUCAUGACACAGCACCGUGAGACGGUGCAUACGCAUGAGUUCUGCGAGGGGCUAAGAAAUCGCAGUCUGAACAGAGGUCUUUGCCGAGCACGGUACUGCAAUUUCUGCAUAACUGACAGGACGCUGUUCAUGCAUGGGUCCCAGCACCCCGACUACCAACCGCCUCCUACGCCAAGUGCAUCGUCUACAAGAUCCACUCCGAUUGAAGUUCAGGCGAGGCGACUGGGACUUUCGAGGAGUGGAUGA